AUGGACAAUCAAUUAACAUUACAAGAUCAGCUGCGAGGUCUUCGUACGCGGCCACCGGAGCAUGCCUUUGAUCAGCUUAAGGAUCUACUGGACCAGGAGAGGGGGCCCUGGCCCUUCCAUGACCUCAUUCGCUGUUAUCAGGACCUCUGGAAGGGCCUGCCAGAGACGGCCCGCGACGGAAGUGACCCAACCUGGAGAACGACGAUCGACCAAGUACAACACCGAAUGAGGCAUUUCACACCACCUAUAUCAGACUUUUUACACCAUGGCCUCUCACCAGCACUAAUUGACACCGAAUUUAAUAAUGAGAUAUCCCACGCGCGGUUACGGGAGUUCGUGGAAGCAUUUGACUUGGGACUGAAGUGUUCAGCCGGUAGAAAACCGCGAGUGAUGGUGGUUUUGCCCAAUGGACCAUCCUUGGCUCUCGCUACUCUGGCAGUAGCAAACCGCUAUACUUUGGUGCCAAUGGCAAAGGCUGUGACACCUGAACAGCUAAAAAUGGAUAUUAAAGCUGUAGACGCAGACGCUAUCCUGAUGCUCGAGGAUGACGUUCAGAGAUUCCAGCUUGGUUCGAUUGCCGUCUUCACAGUUCACCCUCAAGAUGACUUGACCUUCAAAACAUCAUGUGUGAACCAUUCAAACCAGUCAUCCACUCAUGCCCAGCCAAGCCCCAACGGCCCAGAUGACCUAGCAAUCAUUCUGUUUACCAGCGGAACAAGCGGCACCAAGAAAAUGGUUCCGAUAACCACACUGAACCUACUUGCCAGUGUAAUAUUCACAGCGGAUAGUCUAGGGCUGGACCCUGCAUCCCGCUGCCUGAACAUGAUGCCUCUCCACCACAUCGGGGGAAUGGUACGCAGUUUAUGGGCUCCUAUAUUUUCCAAAGGGAGCACUAUAUGCUGUCCUGUGUUCGAUCCAAGUUUUUUUUGGGACGCUGUAGACCAGUGGCACCCAACUUGGUAUUAUGCAACGCCGACUAUGCAUCAUAUGAUUUUAGUGGAAGCAGAGAAUUGCAAGGAUGUUGUCAAUAAAAGCUCCAUCAAAUUCAUCUGUAACGCAGGGGGUGGUUUGCCCCCAACACUCGCAACUCAGCUGCACAACACCUUCGGAUGCGUUGUUUUGCCCAGUUAUGGGAUGACAGAAUGCGCACCCAUCACAGCGCCGCCACUAGACCACAGCCUCAAACGAGUUGGGACAUCUGGUCUCCCAGCUGGCCCUGAUCUUGCCAUUCUGGAUAUUGAACAGCCGAUGCAACGUGCUCCUACUGGUGCGACUGGAAGGAUAUGUGUGAGAGGAUUCCCGGUUUUCACCGGAUAUAUGACCCCCCAAGGCAUUGAUAAGUCCGCCUUCGACGCAGCAGGCUGGUUUGACACAGGUGACCUCGGAUACAUGGAUGAAGAAGGAUACCUCUAUAUUACUGGGCGGAGUAAAGAGGUUAUUAAUCGUGGAGGAGAGAUAAUUUCUCCCCUGGAGGUGGAAGACGCUAUCAUUUCAGCAGCGCAGGAUCCUUCCUCCAUCCUUUUUGGCCGCGUUACAGAGGCUCUAGCCUUUUCCACACCUCACGACGUGCUGCAGGAAGCUGUGGGUGCAGUCAUUGUUACACCCGCAGGAUGCAAGAGGCCCGAUCUUCGACAGAUUCAUGAAGCUUUGAAGGACCGACUCGACCAGCCUAAAUGGCCGGUCGUCCUGGUCUACAUGGAUGGUGUUCCGAAAUCUCAUAAUAAGCUGCGUCGUAUCCAGUUAAGCCGCCGGUUAGGCCUGGAAACACUCACAGACAAGACUCUAACGUCUGAAUGCCACUAUGAGGCGGAAUGUCCGCCGCCGGACACACCGCUGAGUGUCUUGAUUGACCAAAAGAAGUGUGUGAUAGAUUCCCAACUUGUGCAUUCUAACAUCGCAAUGGUUUCUGGGAUAUCGGAUAUUCUCUUACGGGCCAACCCGAACGAUGGCUUCCUUCAGGCAAUUCUUUUCGAGACCUCAUCGAAUGAAACCUCUAUUGAUGAUAUCCUCUCUCGCCUCCGCGCCAGCAUGGAUGGAUACCUUAUCCCAAGCAGUAUCAAGUCCAUUGAUGGGCCUCCCCCAGUCAAUUCUCAGGGGCUCAUUGACGAAGCUGCCGUGGAUGCUGCGAUCCACGCCCGUAACCAGUCCGGCAUCUCGCCUACUGAACGGCGUAUCUGUGGUCUCUUUGCUGACGCUCUCAGAAUGACACAAGAAGACGUGUCACCAACCACGGACUUCUUUUCAUCUGGUGGAGAUAGUUUGAGCGCUGGACGUCUCGUUUCCCGUCUCCGCCAGGAAUUUAAUAUCAGGCUCGCAGGAGACGUGCUCUUCCGAAACAGCACCGUUGCAGAGAUCGGGGCAAUCGUCGAAGCGGCUGCAGCCCAGCCAAAAACAGAAAAUACUAAACCGGAGGAUCUCCCAGGCUGUACUAAAACUUACAGCUCUACAAACCUGGUUGUGCUCAUCCUGAAUCUGUUCCCUCUAGCUGUUUUUUACCCACUCUUCCUGACAUUGCGUUGGUUCCUAUUCGUGUACCUUCUGUCCCGAACAUUCAGCUGGCAAGUCCGCGACUCCGUCUGCGGACGGCUUGUCAUUCUCCUUUUGACAGGGCUAGUAGCUCAGCAAGCAAUGGCGGUCUUCUCUCCCCUCGCGGGAAUCGUGUUCAAGUGGCUCGUCAUCGGCCGGUAUCGUGCUGGAAUGUAUCCCAUGUGGGGUCCAUAUCAUAUGCGAUGGUGGCUGACCCAGAAAGCCCUGCAAGUGUGCGGAAAGGGUGUCUUCAACUACAGCGACUGGUCCAGAAUUUUAUACUAUCGAGCCCUUGGUGCACGCAUUGGCCGCAAUGUCCAAAUCCAUGAAUUCGCUUCCUUGGGCGAGUAUGACCUGAUCGACCUUGGCGAUAAUGCCGUCCUAGAUCACUGCAUUUGUCGCCCCUUUUCCGCAGAACGGAAUACCUCUAUGCUCCUGCGACCAAUUCGUAUUGGGGAGGACUGCACUGUUGGCCUCAAAACAGUUAUCGCAUCAGGGACUUAUCUUCCCCCAGGGACAUGUUUAGGACCAAACUCUUCCAGCUGGGAAACAGAGGAUGCAAGAGAGGCGUACCGUGACCUGGCUUCUGCGCGGAUCCCAAGACCAUCCUGGAUCUGGUAUGUGUUGGUUGUCGGGCCCCUACGGUUGCUAGUAGGAAUUUUCUCGCGAUUGCCAUCGAUAAUCGGCUUCCUUCCCAUCAUUAUCCAAUACCGGGCCGUCGGAAAGGAUAUGUUCCGAAGCCAGAUACUCUGGUUUGUGACCCCCGCGAGGAUUGGUUAUAUCUUUUUGGCCAUAAUCUACGGGGCUGUUGCUGGCCCCUUUGCCUGGUUUCUCGCUGUGUAUCUCGUCAAGCGUGGGUUGGAUGUGUGCUGCGGACGGCCGCAACCGGGCCCACACAGCAAGCUUACAGAAAGGCAGAAGAUUCGAAGCGCCGUCCUGGACAUUAUUCUCCCGCAUGGAGACAUCUCACGACUGACGCACAUCAUAGGAACACACUAUGAGCUUGUUUCAGUCGCAAUGAGGAUGCUCGGUGCGCGUGUAGGUAAACGAAUUUACUGGCCAAUUUCUGGACUCAUGAUGGUUGAAGAUUAUGAUCUUCUAGAGGUCGGCAACGAUGUCGUAUUUGGAUCGCGAUCUUCUCUAGUGACAUCUGACGGGACCGGAAGGGGGGCCAUCACCAUCGGCGACGGAUCAUUCGUGGGUGACCGCGUGGUGGCCCUUCCUGGUGCUACGAUUGGGAGACGCACGACAAUUGGAUCCGGGGCACUACUACGUCGAAACGGUUUUUAUCCAGACAACACAACAUGGGCCGGAAGUAAGAACGGCGACGCGAUACAAUUUCCCCAGCUCAAGUCAAAUCGAAGCUGCACCAAGGUUACUUCUGAGAAAUCUGAUGAGAAUGAUGACGAUACUAUAUCACCAUUCGGACGAGCUUUCUAUGAAGGUCAAGCAGACUACCAUGUCCUAGGAAUUGGGUCUAUUGUGGUGUAUUCGGCCCUAGCCACUGCAAUCGGGGCGAUAUACCCGGUAGUGAGUAUCCUGACGGGACUGUUAGUUAUCGGUCGAUUACUACAGACGGAUCUGGCAGUGUUCGCAGUGUCAUGGUGGCGCCCAUUUCUGUUAUACGGGAUUCUGACCGCAGUGGUAUCGUUGAUGGUUCUCAUGCUGUCGGCCACAAGCUUGGGAAUUAAGAUAGCUUCCAAGUGGAUACUUUUGGGACGACGUACGGAAGGCAGUUUUCACUGGGACCGGAGCAGCUUCUGCCAACGCUGGCAAAUCUUCCUAACCAUUGAGAGAAUGUUCUCUGGAUACCCCGGGGAUGUUGGUGCCCUAAAAUUACUGACUGGAACGGCAUAUCUGUCGCAGUACUACCGGGCAAUGGGGGCGACUGUUGGUGCAAAUUGUGCCUUGUCGGUCAGUGGAGAUCCAGACAUUUCGUGGACAGAGCCGGAUCUGGUGAAACUGGGGAACCGAGUGACCAUUGAUGAUGCCAGUUUAGUCUGCCAUCUUAAUACCCGUGGAGAAUUCGAGAUGCAUCCACUGCAGGUCGGCCAUCGCAGCGUCCUCAGGUCUGGCUCGAGAAUGUUGUCUGGGUCGUCAAUAGGAGAUGAUGCAUGUCUGCUUGAGCAUACGUUGGCUCUGUCUGGAGAUCAUGUGGAUGAUCGAUGUACAGUCCAGGGCUGGCCAGCUGAACCAUUUACGGGGUCAAGGAUUGGCCAUUUUUCGCAUAGUUGA